AAUUGUGUAAGUGACAGUUCCAUAACCUUGAGAGAAUUGAAAUUAUAAAUAAGCUGUCUAUGAUAAGUGUUUGUAGUAAAUUGAAUAAUAAUAUUGUUGAAUAAGCACAAUUUUUCUGCUCAGAGGUGAUUAGAAUAAUUUGAUUCAUUAUGAACAUCAAAUAUCAUGCAAAAAUAGUUUCUCUUCAUCGUAAUAUCGAACGUAACGAUGGAGGUUAUUAAAUGUGGCUUAUGUAAAGAAGAAAUUGAGUAUGCCCAACGUUGUAGAGUUUAUAUAAAAACAGAUGAACCUCGUCCUUUUCAGAGAAUAAGUAAAAGACCACAUAUAGGGAGAUUCAAACUCAUAUCAACUGCAAAAUCUACAGAACAUAUUUCUUUUGCAAGAAGACUCAAACGCUUGCGAGAACUAAAAAAAAGUAAACAGUCUUCUAGCAAUUCUUCUAUUAGUGAAGCUGACCUGAAAGAAACCACUGAGAAAGAGGAACCACUGUGUGAAAUUAAAGAAAGUUCAAAGGAUUGUGAACCAAUCAAAGCUGUUGAAGAGUCCAUUGUAGAAAACACCUUGAAUAGAACACAAACAGAAAAAAUCCCUGAAGAAAAAAAAACAGAAAUUGUUGAACGUAGUAUAGAACCUUCAAGUUCUGUCAGAGAAGAAUUAAUCAUCAUUAGGAAACUUUGCCGUAAAAGUUCUUGUGAAAUUACUAUUGAGGCUGGCAAAUCAGAACUGCAAGAAUUCAGAAGUCAAACUUCAAAAACAAAAUCAUUGAAACAAAAAAUGAACUAUCCUCACUUUCAAAGCUCCUUUGAAGAAUAUAUUAAACCUAUUCUGACCAAAAAUAAUUCUGUAGUGAGAGAUCUUAAAUCCUCCAUUAUGAAUUCAGAUUCAGAUCAAGUCAAAAGAUCUCCUGUAACGAGCACACCUAAAUCAGUCAAAAAUGGACCUAUCAUCAAUAUGGCAAAUUCUGAUUGCGAAACAUAUUAUUGGCUUGAAAUUCCAAAGCCUAAACAACCUGAAUUGAGGAAGUUGGGUUAUCAGUUUGAAAAUCUUGUGGCGGAAGUUAAACAUAUGAAGUUGCCCAAUCCUGAUUGGAAGAUCAAAAUAAUGGUUCACAAGCAGGAGAUGGUUUCAGUAAGUUUCACCAAAAAAUUAUCACCAGAGAAAGUUGUUACUGUCAAUGCAAAAAGUUUAGUCUGUGAGAUCACAAUUGAUGGUAAAAAAGUUGUUCUCCUAGGCUCUCCCCUUUAUAUUCAUUCUAUUAAAGACUUAGAAAUAAUGUUAGAUAUAGUGAACGACGUUGAACCUAACAGUCCAAUGAUAAGUUAUACAAAAUCGUUAUCGCAGUAAUUCAGUAGAGAAGAAGAAUUAGGUUAUGCAUUAUUUUUGAUUGAAAAAAUUGUGUGAAAUACCCUUAGUUGAUAAUUUUUAUAAAAUUGGAUUAAAAUUAUACAACAUGUAACAUUUUAACAAAUAUAUUAUUAUUAUUA